GCAACCACAAGCGUGGCCUCCGGGCCCAAGCGGCUACAGAGACGCGCACAAGAGCGUGUGCACCAACAGGAAUGCAAGUGGAUUCAACCAACACCUCCCCCACACAACCCCCUCCCCCAAAUUCUGGGAGAAGGAUGCUGGCUUAGCCCCAGACAUUCUUUCUAAUAGCCCCCUACUCCUACCCAUAAGCCUACCUCAUCUUCAUUACAGGCGGCUCCCACUUCUAUUCCCAUUAUCUCACACACACCAAUCCCUACUGGGCCCCCUUUGCGGCCCACCAUCAUUACCAUCUUCAAGCUUCCUAGCUCCCCAGUCGUGUCUGCCCCCUAUUGGGUCGGCUCCAGGCUGCAGGAGCAAAAGGCUUUCGGUGGCCCAGAUUUCCAGGAUAUCAGCAAGGCCCCCUUCCCCAGAAAAGUAGCAGCAGAGAUACUGCCCAUUGACAAGAGUUCUGCCUGCGCCCUUGUGCUGACUAGGAAAGCCUUCUAAUCCACCUGCUCCAGCCAAGAGAGCGGUCCAGGGCCAUGCCUCCCACAUGCCAGCCUACAUCAAGGCACCCUGCUUCAACCAUGAGUUUUCUUUUUUCGCUCGCACUCCUCUGUAAUAGAAAGGGUAUCAAACCUGAUAGGGUGAACAUGUGGUACAUGCAGUUCGCAUUUCCAUCCACUUAAGCCAUCUACUUCGAAGAGGACAGAUGGGGGUCGGAGGUGGAUGGAUGAAGUUUCUGAAUGAAGAGGAAACAGAGUUACAGCUUUUCCAGCUCUGCUCAGCAGGGGGCCAGGGUCCUCACUUUAUAAACAUCCCAAGCCUGUGAGAGCAGAGGGCAAGGAGAUGGUGUGAGACAGGAGCCCAGGGGAGACAGAAACUAAGACCCAAGGAGAAAAACAAAGAAAAGCCAUAAAGACAAGACCAGAGUACUCUGCACAGAGGCCAAGAAGGGAUCGAGAGGGCUGUGCUGCAGGAAUGACCCUAAUGAUGCUCUGGUCUGGAGAGGCGAAGAGAGUCCUGGGAAGCUGGGGAAUCAUCUGCUUAGUGAUAUCUCUGCUCCUCCAGCAGCCAGGAGUCCACAGCAAGUGCUACUUCCAAGCUCAAGCCCCCUGCCACUAUGAAGGGAAAUAUUUUACCCUGGGUGAGUCGUGGCUCCGCAAGGACUGUUUCCAUUGUACCUGUCUGCAUCCCGUCGGUGUGGGCUGCUGUGACACGUCUCAGCAUCCCAUCGACUUCCCCGCGGAGUGUGAGGUACGUCAGGAGGCAGGAACCUGUCAAUUCUCCCUGGUCCAAAAAUCUGACCCUCGGCUGCCCUGCAAAGGGGGAGGGCCCGACCCCGAAUGGGGCUCAGCCAACACCCCAGCUCCUGGGGCUUCUGCUUCCCACUCCAGAUAAACUCAACCGAUCACCUUUCUGCUAACUGCCCAUCGCUGCUGCCACUUCCAGGGAAACCACUAGCAGCUGCCAAUUUAUUCUGAAUAAAUAAAUUAAUGCUACAGCUGAAA